AUGUUUCUGUCAUCAAUCUUUCCCAACCGAGGAUCUAGUUUUAGGCUAGACUCCGAUAUCCCCCCUCUAGAUGGCAAGGUCAUCCUCGUAACUGGGGGUACAAGUGGCCUUAGCAAACAGACCAUUGUCGAGCUAGUCAAGUAUCGCCCCGCACGUAUAUGGCUGGCGACGCGCAACGCUGAAACGGCGUCGGCUACCGCCUCGGAGAUCAAGCAGGCGGUUGGCAAUGAAAGUGUUCUCUCCAUCCUCGUACUGGACCUAAGCUCACUUGAGACGUCGGCCCGACUGGAUCUCCUCAUCUUAAGCGCGGGAGUCAUAACAUCGGCGGCAGCGCAGACCACUGAUGGGUACGAACUGCAGUUCGCGACUAAUCAUCUCGGUCACGCACUCCUGGUGCAGAAGACUGUUGCCGUUGUAACUGGAGACACAGCGGACAGAUCCGCGAGCAAAUGUGCGCAUCGUGAGCCUAACCUCAACCACUCAUCGGAUAGCCCCCCUGGUGGCAUUCGCUUCGAGCUGCUCCAGUCUCCUGCAGAGACUCUCUCGCUAUUACCCCGCUAUGCUCAAAGCAAGCUGGCCAACGUCCUGUACGCCCGCGCACUAGCUCGGCGUCAGCCCGACCUCACGGUCGUCUCUGUGCACCCGGCUAUCUCGGAGUCGCCCCUCAUCGGCCAGUUUGCCGAGUCGCUCUCUCUCAAUCUGGAUAUGAUCCGAGUAACCUCACCACUGUGGAUGCACGAUAUCCAAGAGGGCGUCAAACAUCCAUUGUGGGCCGCGUUCGCGCCAGAUGUGCGCAGUGGAGAAUAUUAUGAGCCAGUUAGCGUGCGUGGAAGGGCGAGUCGCGAUGCCUCCAAUAAUGAGCUAGAGCGCAAACUGUGGGAUUGGACGGAGAAUGAGCUACAUGAAUGGAAGUAA